CAGGUGGGGCGCGGGGGGGGGGCAAGAGAGGGCAGCAGAAGCCUCCCUAUCAGGAUGGGACUGUGGGGCGGGCACCACACUGUUGCAGAGUUCCUUCUAUUGUGAACAAGUGCAGGAGGAGGAGGACGCCUUUGCAGCCACAGCAAAGUCUGCUGACUCGUGAGGGAGGGGCCACACCACAGGGCAUGUCUGUCCCCAAAUAGCACUCUUCCCUGAUGUCUGGAGCAUCCAGGGGAUGGGAAUGGGUGGGGGGGCAUCCAGAGACCCUAUUUUCUGGCUGGCUUCUCUUUCUUGCUGGGGGAGGAGUCUUCCCUCCUGGCUGAGCUCUGCCUCCGUCGGUGUCAGGGCAGUGGGCCAGGCGCCAUCCGGACUUGGGGAAGCAGCUGAAGAGUUAACAUUCCCGGCUCCGGUCCCUCGUAAACAUUGUUACUGGCUCCGAGCCCACCCCCCCCACCCAUCGCUGGGCUCGCUGCUUUCAAUUAGCUGGUGGGUCGUGGGUCCGUGUCUUGAGCGCCCGUCCCUGCUGCUCUCACAGGGCUGCGGCUCCCUGCGCUCCUGGGCCAUGCAGCCCCCGUGCCUCCUCCUGACAGUGGUGGGGCUGGCACUCAGCUGGCGCCCGUCCCCUGGGGGAGCUCAAAGGGUCAAGGUGCUUUUCACCCCCAUGGUCUGCCGGGUGCAUUGCCACGAGGGGCGUUGUACCAAUCAGUGUGAGCGGGGCAACGCCACUAUGCUGUACAGUGGGGAAAACGCCCGCCUAGCCGAGGGGACUCCUGGAUUCCGUGUCUUCUUAUGUCCUCUCAUCUGCCACAAUGGGGGGGUCUGUCUAAAAAAGGACAAGUGUCUCUGCCCUCCCACCUGGACAGGCAAGUUCUGUCACAUCCCAGCACCUCCUCGCACCCAGAACCAGCCCCCCACCCGCCGAGGAGCAGAUGAGGAGCCUCCAGCUGAAAGGGGAGCACAGCAUGUGACCAAGUCGAUGUACACGCUGCCAAUCACCAACCAUGAUCAGGAACGUGACGGUGCAGCCUCAAUGGCGAACGUCCACGUCGAGCACCCCCUGGAGGCCUCCGUCACCAUCCACCGGGUGGAGCGGGUGAAGGAGGAGGAGCUGCUCCCCGGCAAGACUAGGUCCCUCCCACGCUCUCGGCCUGCGCUCUACAGUGUCCUGGCGCAAAGCAGCUCUCGGGACCCCGGUGGCUACAGUGAGGACUCUGGAUUUGGCUAUUGCUUCAGGCACCUGCGGGGUGGAGAGUGCAGUGCCCCCUUGCCUGGCUUGCGCACUCGGGAGAUCUGCUGCCGUGGUAACGGCCUUGCCUGGGGUGUCCACGAUUGCCAGCCAUGCAGCUCUGGUGGCAGAGGGGACACCAGUGCAGUGGGAAGGAACGAGGUGGCCUGCCCCAAGGGCUUCUGGCGGCAGAAUGGCUCCUGCGUGGAUGUAGAUGAAUGCCAGGAGAGACUCUAUUGCCACAACGGGGAAUGCACCAACACACGAGGCAGCUUCGCCUGCAUUUGCCAUGAUGGCUACAUCCUGGACUCGUCUCGGAGCAGCUGCAUCUCCCACAACGUCAUCUCGGAGGCCAAAGGUCCCUGCUUCCGUGUGCUGCGGGACAGAGGGUGCUCCCUGCCCAUCCUUCGCAACAUCACCAAACAGAUCUGCUGUUGCAGCCGUGUUGGCAAGGCCUGGGGGCACAGCUGCGAAGGGUGCCCGCCUUUUGGCUCAGAUGGAUUCAAGGAAAUCUGCCCAGCGGGCCCUGGGUACCAUUACUCAGCUUCGGACCUCCGCUUCGACACACGCUACCUGGAUCAGAACCUGCCCCGGGUGCCCAUCGGCCACCCACCCCGUGGGCGGGAACCUGGACCAAGGCAGCUACCAACGACCACUGCACCCACCACGCGACACCGGAACCCCCUCCCCACCGUCCUGCUGGAGCGCCAACCCCCUUGGGGAAUGCCCACUCAGUCGUCCGGGCCUGAAACAGCUGCACCAGAGGCUGGGCAAGGUGUUUGUGAGCGGCGCCCGCAAGUGUGUGGCCCAGGCCGUUGCAUUCCCCGUCAGGGGGGCUACACUUGUGUGUGUGAUCGUGGCUACUGGCUGAGCCCACAGGGCACCCACUGCAUUGAUGUGGAUGAGUGUCGGCGGAGCCCCCGCCCAUGUCCCAAUGGGCACUGUGAGAACUUGAGGGGCAGCUAUAGCUGCAGAUGCCGGACUGGCUACCAGGCUGACCCGUCAGGAACAGAGUGCGUGGACAUUGACGAGUGUUUGAAAAAACCACCGCCCUGUGCCAGUGGGCACUGCCACAAUACCCUUGGCUCCUUCCGCUGUGCCUGUCCUCCCGGCUACCAUCCUGACCCAGCAGGCCUUGAGUGCCGAGAUGUGGACGAGUGCCAGGAGAACCCUGCAAUCUGCCAGCCAGGUCACUGUGAAAAUAUGCCCGGGGGGUACCAGUGCACCUGUCUCAUUGGCUACCAGCCCAGCCCCCUUGGACCCCGUUGUAUGGAUAUAGAUGAAUGCCAGCAAGAACCCCCCCCCUGUGGCUCUGGACACUGUGAGAACGUGCCUGGGGGGUACCACUGCCUUUGCCCCACAGGAUUCCGAGCCAGCCUGACUGAAGACCAGUGCCUUGACAUUGAUGAGUGCUCGACAUGGUCACCUUGUGGGCCCCGAGGGCACUGCACCAACUCAGAGGGCUCAUUCCACUGCCAGUGUGAACAGGGGUAUCAGAUGGAGGGUACGGAAGGCCCCUGCACUGAUAUCAAUGAAUGUCUGGAGGGCGACUUCUGCUUCCCACAGGGAGAGUGCCUCAACACAGAUGGCUCCUACACCUGCCUGUGUGCCCAGGGCUUUGCCACUGGCCCAAACGAGGCGUCCUGUGUGGAUAUUGAUGAAUGCCAGAGCAGUGCUGUGUGUGCUGGUGGACGGUGUGCCAACACAGAGGGCUCCUUCAAUUGCUACUGCCCACCCGGCACAAGGAGCAGCCCCAGCAAGGCCUCCUGUGAUGACAUUGAUGAGUGCCAGGAGUAUGGAGCAGCCCUUUGUGGCACACAGCGCUGUGAAAACUCUCCUGGCUCUUACCACUGCGUGGCAGAGUGCCAUGGAGGCUACCGAAUGAGUGCCAGCAGGGAUUGUGUUGAUGUUGAUGAAUGCCAGGAGUACGGGACCCAGGUGUGUGGGGACAAGCGCUGUCAGAAUACUCCUGGGUCCUACCAGUGUGUGGCCAGCUGUCAGUCGGGAUAUCAGGCCACUGUUGCUGGGGACUGUGUGGAUGUGGACGAGUGUCAGAAUGUCUCCCUGUGUGGCACCCAUGCCAAUUGCCACAAUCUGCCCGGCUCCUUCCAAUGCAUCUGUGACCAAGGCUACGAAAGUGCCAGGGAUGGCCAGCAUUGCCUGGAUGUGAAUGAGUGUGAGACCCUGCGCGGUGUCUGUGGGACAGCCCCCUGUGAGAACGUGGAGGGCUCCUUUCUCUGCAUUUGCCCCGGGGCUGCAGAGGAGUUUGAUCCCACGACAAGACGCUGCCUCCGCCCACCAGGAGCUGCAGCAAGGCCCCCGGCCUUCCCCAGGCGCCCGGAAGCUCCUCUCUCAGAGCCCCAUCCCUCUGGGGCCAGUGACGGCUCCCGGCGUGAGUGCUACUAUGACCCCAAUGCGGCACAGGCCUGCGAGAACGUGCUGGCCUGGAACGCCACCCGGCAGGAGUGCUGCUGCAGCCUGGGCCACGGCUGGGGUCUCGACUGCCACGUCCAGGAGUGCCCACCCUUUGGCUCAGCCGAGUUCCAGACCCUGUGCCCGCAUGGAAGCGGAUUUGCUGCCGCCGCUGCAGGCCCUGGCUUUGCUGCCUCUACCGCUGCAGAUGUAGAUGAGUGUUCCCUCUUCAGCUCCCAGGUGUGCAAGGGCGGGGUCUGUGUGAACCAGGUGCCCAGCUACUCCUGCUACUGCCCCAGUGGCUACUACUAUGAGACCCAGCACCUGGAAUGCAUUGAUAAUGAUGAGUGCCAAGAUGAAGAGGCGGAGCCUUGCUUGGGAGGCCACUGCAUCAACACUAUUGGCUCCUACUACUGCUCCUGUGCACCGCCAUUGGUCCUGGAUGCCUCCCAGCACCGCUGUGUGGCCAAUGACAGCCAAGAUGCAAACCUGGCCAUGUGCUGGCAGGAAGUGGGACCAGAUCUUGUGUGCAGCCGCCCACGCCUUGACCGCCAGGUGACCUACACAGAGUGUUGCUGCCUCUACGGGGAGGCCUGGAGCAUGGAUUGCGCCUUGUGCCCGGCCCAAGACUCAGAGGACUUGGAGGCCCUGUGCAACAUCCUUCGUCCACCCAGCUACGGGCCGGGACGUCCACCGGGGCUGGGGCUGCCCUUUGAAUAUGGGGGCAGGGAAUUUGUGCCCUAUGGUCCAGAGAUAUUCGCACCUCCAGUCCGCCCAGUUCCACGGCUCCCUGACUAUGACCCCUACCUCCGGGACUCGCUCUACGGCCCGUCCCCUUAUGAGGCCAGUGACUUUGAGGAUCCAUCCUACGGUGACCUGCUGCAGGAUGGCAGAUACCCAGCCCGCGGACCCCCUGAACCUGAAUGGCUCUAUCCACUAGGCGGCAGCAGCAGCAGCAGAAGUGGGGGUUCCUUCUCCGAACGGCCAGGCAGGGCCAGCGAAGACUACCGCCAUUCUGAGGAAUUUGGGGCACCCCAUGCAGAAGAAUGUGGCAUUCUGAGCGGCUGCGACAACGGGCGCUGUGUGCGCGUCGCUGACGGGUUCACCUGCCUCUGCCAUGAGGGAUACCGCCUGGACCCCACGCGCAUGGCCUGCCUGGAUAUUGACGAAUGCAUCGAGGUGGAAGGACUUUGCCUGGGAGGGGAAUGCUUCAACAUGGAUGGCUUUUACCGCUGCUUGUGCCCACGUGGCAUGGUGCCCACUGGCCAGCCCCCCCGUUGUGUCAUCUCUGCCCCUCACAGUCAAGGCUGAGCUGGGAAAGGAAGCCAAGUAUUUAUUACCUGUAUAGACUGGGGAAAGGGGGGGGCGGGGGGGGGAGGAAUGCUGUUCAGCCUGUUCCCUCGAGCGGGCACCCCAAGCCCCGCCAGAGUGGCCUGCUGGAUGCACUGAGUCAAGCACAGGGACUGGGGGUCUCUUUUCUGCUCUCAGGUGUGAGGCGGUGGUGGAGGGGGGCGGGGUCUCUUCUCUACUCACAGUCAGAGACUGGAGGAAGUUCCAAACUGCCGUGAGCCAGUUGGAGGACUUCCAUGCCAAGUGCAGCUCAGCCUUAAAAGCCAAAAGCCACUUCUGCAUUCUGAAGCUGGAGCCCAUCUUGUCUUCCACGCCUCAGGGCAGGUUAAUGACUGUGCUUGCCUGGGGGCCGCAUGCGCCCACCCCCACCCCCCCCCAGCUGUCAGAAACCACUAUUCCUCAGCUUGGAGAAAAGGCCUUUUCUGUGGCUUCGUUCCUUUCUCUGGUCUGUGUAACAUGCCUCUUUCCACCCAGGUAAGCUGAGGCAGCCAUCUUGUGGCUGCACUUACCAUGCUGUGUCAGAACUAUGGAGGUGCCUGCAGGCUCAAAAAGGUUGGCAUCCCCUGGCACAUGCCAGGAGCAGAAGGUCUAGCAGGAAGUUCUGCCUCUGCGGACAGCAGCCCAGCCUUCUGCUUGCCCUGCCUCAAAGCGGCACUCUGUGCCCUACUGACAUGGGAGGGGGUGGAGCACAUCCUCCUGGGGUCAGAAACAAGGGCUUGCCUGCCCCCCCCCCCCGUCCUCCUUGGGCCACUGCCAAGAGCCUGGCGGAUCAGUGGUCAAUGCCUUACACAGCAGCCCCAGAGGCUGCUCCCUGGGCAGACGUGGGCCCCUGCGUGUGACUUCUCUAGACGACAACUGGCAGUCACUGGCUGGAGGCAGCCAUUGCUUAACACUAGGAAACUGGUCUGGGGGGAAGGCCGCAGCAUCUGCCAAGCUGUCAUGCCCAACUCUGCAGCUGUGCCCCCAGCCCCCCAUCUUCUUCUGCUCCCCACCCCCAUGCAAGCUCUCAAUUUCUCUGGAAUGGUCUAGUCAUUUCAAAGUUGUAUUCACUGCACUGGCUUCCUCCACCCCUGCCUGUUCUCAGCCCCCCUCAGCCACACCCAGCUGAUAAGCCCACACACGCACGCACGCACGCACGCACGCACGCACGCACGCACGCACACACGGCCUUCUCUGCUGUUACUGAAACAAUAAAGGUUUCCUGUAAGGGAAUCUGGUGUUGGCAUCACUUGGGAAAUGGAAGGGGGUUUGCUGUCCUUUAGCCGAGGAGGGCCCCCAGAACAGCUGAGCCGCCCCCCCCCCUCUGAAGACUGGGAGGUUUCUUCCCUUCAGAAAAGCAGGUGGGGCAGCCCAAGAACCAGCUUGUCUCCACUCUUCUCCCCAUGUAAAGAGCCAGCGUGGCGGAGUGGCUAAGAGCAGGCGCACUCUGAUCUGGAGAAGCGGGUUUGACCGAGGGGCUGCAGCGUCAUCUGCAGUUAACCUCACCUGUGUAUGAAAACCCAGUAAAUGGAGCAUUCGGCCUGGAUUCUCUCACAUGUGAUCCACAAACUUAAGCCUCUGACCCUUCCUUCUGCGCCAGAGGCCUCAAGCAAAUGUUUUAAGCUACUUCAUCUUGCGUUACAUUGCAGGCCAAAGAGUUCCCCAUUCCUGUGACUUUUCCUUUCUGCUCCUCGGAGGGCAGAAGAGCUUUUGAAAGAAUUUGGGCCCCAGUGUUAAUCUCUCAUAAAGUUAAUCUUUAUUGGCAAUGAUUUUAUUAAAAAAUAAAAAAACACAUUUUUAAUCAAA